AUGGCUCAGCGCGGGUCGUGGAAUUCGUCGUGGGAGCCACGGCUCAGGACGCUUCCGCCUGAUGAGCUCGCCGCGCUGGCUGCCAGCGCCUGCGAGGCCCACCCCGACAUGGCAAGCCUCGCCAACACGCUGCUCGGCCCGCUCGUGGACCGGGACGGCGUCGUCAGCUCGCCCGACCUGGUCCCGUUGAUCAUCAAGCACGUGGAGUGCAACGGCCGGGUGCCGCGCGUCUGCUCCACCUGGCAAAAGGGCUGGGACCAACACCAUCGCGGCAAGGGCUCGAUGAAGAACGCCUCGUGCGAGAGACUGCCAGCGGCGGCGUUGGAGCAGGACGACUUCUUCGGCUCGGCUGGAGGAUUCGUUUCGGAUGUGGCCUCGGUGGGCGAGGGGCUGAUCAUAUCGCGGGGGCCCGACGGGCAGGCCCUCCAGCUCGUGGACCAGAACAUGGCCGUCAAAAGUGAGAAGAAAAUGGACGCAUCUAGCCUCCUCCACGCGACCGACCAAAGUGUGUUGACCGCCGAGCCGGGCACGGGCGCCGUCACGGGCUGGCACUCCACCGCUCUCCGGCUCCGAUCGCUGCCCGGCUUCGACCUGAUUCGCGAGGUGCCUCUCGAAGCGCAAGUGGACGGCGGUCUGUCCCACUGCGACACCUUGCGAGCCGGGACUGUCGUCGACGGCCGCCUAAUCUGCACUGUCGGCACGCCGGUCUUUGACGGGCCGCCGGGGGAGCUUUUCUUCCUGCGCGUCUACGACGCGGGCAGUCUCGCCUUCCAGCGCGCCAUUCCUCUCGACUUCGCGCCCGCCUUCGGCGCCCUGGCGGUCAAGGGGGGUGAGGCCUUCAUCGGCUGCGCCGGCAAUGAGAAUGGCUUUGCCGUCCUCUCGCUGGCGAGCGGCGAGGUCGUGCGGCGGCGGCAGCACAUCGGGCACCCGGGCGAGCCGGCCCUACGGCGCCUCCUCUUCCGCGGGCAGAAGCUGCUCGCCCUCUCCUCCGACCGGCUGCACGUCCUCUCGGCUGCCGCGCCGUACCCGCUCGUGCAGACGCUGCGGCUCGUGGGCCCCGAGGGCGCCGCGGGGGUGGUGGCGACGAGCGCGAGCCUCUCCGGCAACCGGCUGCUGGUCGGGGUGUCAGCGGGCUAUCACUUCCCGGGUGUGGUGGUCGGCUGCCCCACGCUGCUCGCCUUUGAGGACUACUAGUGCCUGCACGCAGCGUGGGGCCCGCUUGCACGCAUCGGGGCCCGCCUACUCCACAUGCACGUGCAUGCACAUGCACAUGUGCAUGAGAGCGACAGGGCUGGCCCCUACUAGGGCGGAAGGAUCCCAAUGGACUCCGCGCGCGGCGCGGGCGGGCGGGGCCCGGCGCCGCCCGGGCAUGCGCAUCAAUCGCACAUCGGGGGCGGGAUCGAUCAUAUACUUAUGUUUCCCGUGCGUGGGCGGCCGGACUUUCGGCGCGUUUGGGGGGGGGGG